AUGUAUGAGCACGCGAAGGACAGGCAAUUGCUGCUCUUUGUGGAUCCGAAGAGGUAUUAUUCCACGAGUGAAAGCUUGGCAGCUGCGCCCGUUGGGCACCCGAACAUGUUCGCGGCGGUAAGGGAUGUCCUGUUCGAAGAGAAAUACUUUCGCCCGGACAAAGACUUGGUCGUGGUCUUCGACGGGAGGUGCAGCAAGACUGCGGGCUUCAUCAAGGAUCUUGCCACGAAGGCCGUGAAGUCCAAACUCAUCAGCCAGCGGGGGGCACCCGUUCUACGUCUCCUACAUCACAAUGGUGAGUUGAGCAUGCGAAAGAAGCACACCGUUUGCUCGCCUUGCUCCGUUGGCCCGCUUGUUCGUGGCUUCAGCAACCUGAGCCUCAGAAGCGCUGCCAGCUUCGAGUUGAACAAGGUGACCAGGGAAGUGAAAGAAGAGAUCUUCAGUCACAUCUCCUUCGCUUCCACGAGCACCGAGCCGGAGCAGCCGCAACAACCGGCUGCGGCUGGGUCUGAUUCAGAAGAGGAGGAGCCUCGCCAGCAGUACGUGACUUUGGUCCAAUGGGAGCGCCCGGAAGAGGUGUUCGAUGAAUUCAUUCAUCUCUACUCCUCGGCCGGGAUGAACGACGUCGUCGGCGAUCUGGCCGCUGGUUCCGGUGUUGCUUGCCUUGCAGACAUCAUUAGCUGCAGGCGGGACAGUGGCUUCGUGACAAGGAAAGUCCGCACGGUUACUGUUUGUACCACUUGCAGAGCCGUCGCUACCAAUCGUUCCGCUCAGCGUGCCUUGAUCGGCUACGCCGCGUUCCCGAGAACGCCGGAGACAAUCGAUGCUGCAGACACUGUGAUCUUCGAGAAGAGCCAGAACCGCGUCCAGUUCUAUCCAACUAUCUGUGCUGCGAUUUGCUGGAGGAUUCGCGAUAGUCUCUCCGAUGGUGAGCUGAACCACAAGUACAGCAGCCGAGCGAAGACUGCGUAUGAGGUGGUGGCUGUCUUGAAGCAGAGGCAGUUCAGAAUCAUUUCGUGCACAGUGCACUCCACACAGUGGGCAUGGGAGGCGGGCUUCAUUUCCAAUGUGGGAGAGGGCUUCAGCGUGCCGGAGUUCAGACUCGCCGAUCCGGAUUGCAUGGUCCAGCACAUCUCGCUCAAGACUUGGAUGACUAGCAUGGCUGUCGUGUAUGAUUGUGCCUUGGCAGCAGGCCCGGACUUGAAGAUGGAGCCGCGCUCCUGGAACUUCUUGCAAGUUGGUGAUUGUGGCCGAGCUCCAGGGCAGCUCCAGGCACAGGCUGCAGCCUACAUUAUGAAGAACCUCUGCAAGAAGCCGAGUGGGAAGCGGCAUAACGAUGCUGCCAAUCCCAAUGGCCAGGACGAGAUCAUGUUCAGCAGUCUGGAAAUUACUCGCUUUUGGGGCUUCUGGGUCACCCAAGGCAAUCUCACCACCAAUGAUGUGAAAUGGUUCAACUCCCAAGCCACGCCUCCACCGAGCAUGGUGCAUCAUGAUGAGACUGUGAGUCGUAUGCCUAUGUCUGACUUAUACAAUGUGCCAAGCAGCACCAAGUGGUCGCAGCAGCUCACGGUGAAGAAGGGUCACGUGAUGUUCACGCCCGGAGAGGAGGAUGCAAUGGCCUUGUCCGACUACAUGCGCCAGAUGGCCAAGCGUAGCAAGCCUGCGCAGUUGAGCAACCUGAGCCGGCACAUCGACUACCAAGAAUGCCACAUGACAGUGAUUUAA